AUGGAGCAGCAGGGCCUCACACCUCAUAAUUGCAUUCCGCCACUUUAUAAGCUAGAUGGUAACGUAGCAACAUCUAAUCACGACAAAGCUGAACUACUUGCCUCCUUUUUCUCUCAGAAGAUGCGAGUUUGUGAACCUGACCGCACCCUUCCUCACCUUCCAUCACUGACAAAUCAGAGACUAAACACAAUGGUCAUUGGAAUCGUUUUAAAAGUAAUGAAAAGUUUCUUUGACAUCAGACACCUAUUUAGCAGCAAGCAGUUUGGCUUUGGAUCGAUUAGAUCAGUAUGCGCCCUGCUGCCACAACUAGUCUCCAAUUGGAACAAAUCCCUUGAUGCUGGCAAAAAAAACUAUAUAAUUGCCCUGGAUAUUGCUGGUUCCUUCGACAGAGUGUGGUACAAAGGCACUAUUUCCAAACUAAAAGGUUUUGGCAUUGAUGGUGACCUGCUGAAACUGAAUGAAUAUUAUCUACGAGGAAGAACUCUUCAACUUGUGGUAAACGGUUCAGGUGGCUUGCUCCUAUGGGAUGUCUGUUUCAUUGAGAUUCUACAUGUAAUUCCAGAAUCCCAUGCAUACACUGACGACUGA